UGAAGAGGGCUGGUAUAUUUGUGCCUGCUGGAGGUGGAAUUAACUGUAAGAAGGAGGAAAAGAUUGAAUGGAUUUACAGGAAGGAUUUCAAGUAAACUCAGGGAAACACAUUUACUUGAACAGUAUAACCCUGGGUCUUGUUUUACACUAAGACCAUACAAGAGAUGUUCGAGUUAUCACUAGACUGCCGGACAAAUAGAAUUCCAACAGCAAGGUGCAGAUCAGCGUAGAUCUGUGGUUCUGACCUCGGAAUUUGUCUUGGAAGGAGUUCAAGCACUGAGAAGAAGUCAGAGCCAGUGAAGAGAACUUGGGAGCCACAGUCUAUCAGAAGACCAGCUUUUCGUCAGUUCAAAUACCAAAGGCCUGAUUAUCAUAAAUUCACAUAGGAAUGCAUAGGUUAUUUGAUCAAGGAAUUUUAGCCAGCUUUUACUACAUCAAUACUGCAAAAGUUCUUAACAACUGUGGAUAAUUAGAAAUCUGAAUUUCAGCUUUCAUAGAAAUAACUACUCUUGACGUAUUUUAAAAUAUUUACAACAGGAGAAGAAAAUGGAGUGAGGAUGUUGUGUUCAGAAAUACCACUGUCAUGAAGAAUAGGUAAAUUUGUUUUUACAACUUUACAGCUACUGGCACAGUGGACCUCCAAGGAACCUGGAUUAUUAUUAUUAUUUUUAAGUGGACAAGAAGGAUUAAACAUACCGACUUUUGCUUUUGUACAAAAAUGCAUUGGACUGUGUUUUUCCUUAGGGGUAUUGUGGGCUUCCUCUGGAGCGGCUGGGUUCAAGUGGGCUAUGCAAAAGGAGGUUUGGGAGACAAUCAUGUCCACUCCAGUUUUAUUUAUAGAAGACUGCGGAACCAUGAAAGACGGGAAAUACAGAGGGAAAUUCUCUCUAUUUUGGGUUUGCCUCACAGACCCAGGCCAUUUUCACCUGGAAAACAAGCAUCUUCUGCACCCCUCUUUAUGCUGGAUCUGUACAAUGCCAUGGCCAGCGAGGAAAAUCCUGAAGAGUCGGAAUACUUGGUGAGGGUAUCCCUGGCAGGGGAGGCCAAAGAGGCAAGAAAGGGAUACCCAGCCUCUCCCAAUGGGUAUGCUCAUCGUAUGCAGUUAUCUCCAAGGAUUCCUCUGACUACCCAGAGCCCUCCUCUUGCCAGCCUACAUGAUACCAACUUUCUGAAUGAUGCUGACAUGGUCAUGAGCUUUGUCAACUUAGUUGAAAGAGACAAGGACUUUUCUCAUCAGAGGAGGCAUUACAAAGAAUUUCGAUUUGAUCUGACUCAGAUUCCACACGGAGAAGCAGUGACAGCAGCUGAAUUCCGGAUAUAUAAGGACAAGAGCCACCAACGAUUUGAAAAUGAGACAAUUAAGAUUAGCAUAUAUCAGAUCAUCAAGGAAUACACAAAUAGGGAUGCCGAUCUUUUUCUGUUAGACACAAGGAAGGCACAAGCUUUGGAUGUGGGUUGGCUUGUCUUUGACAUCACUGUGACCAGCAACCAUUGGGUGAUUAACCCACAGAACAAUUUGGGCUUACAGCUCUGUGCAGAGACGGGGGAUGGACGCAGUAUUAACGUAAAAUCUGCUGGUCUCGUGGGAAGACAUGGACCUCAGUCAAAACAGCCAUUCAUGGUGGCCUUCUUCAAGGCAAGUGAGGUACUUCUUCGAUCUGUGAGAGCAGCUAACAAACGGAAAAAUCAAAACCGCAAUAAAUCCAGCUCUCAUCAGGACCCCUCCAGGAUGUCCAGUGCUGGAGAUUAUAAUACCAGUGAACAAAAACAAGCCUGCAAGAAGCAUGAACUCUAUGUGAGUUUCCGCGAUCUGGGAUGGCAGGAUUGGAUCAUAGCACCAGAAGGGUAUGCUGCAUUUUAUUGUGAUGGAGAAUGUUCUUUCCCACUUAAUGCUCACAUGAAUGCCACCAACCAUGCUAUAGUCCAGACUCUGGUACACCUGAUGUUUCCUGACCAUGUUCCCAAGCCUUGUUGUGCUCCAACCAAAUUGAAUGCCAUCUCCGUUCUGUACUUUGAUGACAGCUCCAACGUCAUUUUGAAGAAAUACCGAAAUAUGGUAGUGCGUUCCUGUGGCUGCCACUAGCGCUAAGGAAUUGUGGUAAUAACAAAACCUAUCUGUAUCAUGUUUAUGACUGCAAUAAAAGCAGAUAAAUGGGGACUUUCUUAAAAUCAGCCCUGGGUCAUUUAAUCUCUCUAUGUGUAAUAUUAUGUAUAUACACAUUUUAUUUAUUUAAGAAUAUGUAUUCUCUUUUGGAUGCCUUAUCAGUAAAAUCUAUUUUAAAGGUUCCUAUAUUAUAUAAUGGAUUCCUACUCUAACUUUUGAUGGGGUGUGCUGAGUCCAGUUUAAUUCUAUGUCAACAUUUUCCCCAAUACUAUUAAAAAUAAUUUCUGAUAUUAAGUAGAAUUACUUUGACAGUUUAAAGUUUUUGAAGGGAAAUGAAUAUAUUUGGUUAUAUGGCACCAAUGAAAACUAAAAUAGAAUAUUCAGAAAUAGUUUUAAAAACUAGCAACCUAAAUUUAAAAGAAAAAACAUUGCUUGGCUAAAUGAAAAUUUUCUUUUAGCACUUAUGCUUCACUGUGUAAAGUAAAAUGUUGAAUUGGCUUUGAAUAAAUAAACAGUAGGCAGGGCACAGGAGCUGAAGGGCCACAGGAUUGUUUUAGCUGUUCUCUUUAAUGUAAUUGGUGUAACCCUAGGAGCAUGCUGCUUCUGGCUUCUGGCUUGCAGUUUUGUGUUAUUUUUUGCAAGGUCAAAGCUUCAGAAAUUCUCUUGGCACAGACUUGAGUCUAUGUCCACAAGUUUCCAAAUGGACACUCAAAAGCAUGGUGCAACCUUACCUCAAAUGAGUCAUACCUGACCAUUGUCUUGAUCACUGAUGCUGCAGUGUUUUAUUCCCCUUGUUUAAAACUUAGUCCAGCAUCAAGAAAUAUUUGCAUGCACUCCAUUUUCCUCCCUAGAGACAAGAGUUACUUCACGCAUAAAAUGCAUUGGAACUGAAGAUGCCAGCAGCAUCGUUCUCAUUUACUUGCCUUUAGAGUAGACUUUGCCAGUUGAUGUGAUGCAAGGGAUUUUAUUUAGGGUGAAGCCAUUGAAAUUAAACUGAAGGGGAAAAAAAAGUCUCAGAAUGGCUUAGAUGGAGUUGCCAUUUUCAAACAGCUGAGAGCUAUUCUUCGUGCUUUUUCGAAUAAGCUCAGUGCAAACCUGAUUUUACAAAAGGAUUUUGAAAACCUUCCUCCAACCAUGAAUGAGUACAAUAGGGAAGUUUCUGGAGCAGAGUAAAAGUGUGUGUGUAUGUGUGCGCACAUGCUCUUCUCUCUGAUGUUAAUUUAUUUUAUCUCUGUUGAAAUGGUUACUGGUCUCUAAGGUCCUUUUUCAACACACACUGACUUUUUGAGGAGUGGGGUCUUUAGGUUGAUCACUUUCUGCUGCUGUUAGCUGCAUGCUGAGGCUUGCAACAGUCAACUGGAAAUAUUCAUAAGGCACGUUUCUUAAUCACCAUCUGUAACUUUCAAGCACAAGUCUAUCAUUAGGAAUUUUCAAAUGUGGUGGCUUGUUUGUAAUUCAGAUAUUUUACAAUGUUGUUUUAAAACACAGUUUACAAUAUAGAAAAUAUGGUAUUGGCUAUAUUGGGGAAUACAUUAAGUAAUAUAUUUUUAGUUAAUAACUUAAUAGUAUACCAUUGAAUAUAAGACUAGAGAUUAAGAAAUAGAAAUCUAUUAUAUUAUUCUUUAAAUGUGCUACUUGAAUGUAUGUUUACAGUUAAAAUAUAUUAAACUUG